GACAGUCGGUGGAGUCGCGUGAACUGGACCAGAUCAAUCGUUUUUCUCAGUUCCGUCCUGUGGAUUCGGAUUUUUUUUCUCUCUUCUGGGUGCCUUUCUAUUACCAAGCCGCACCCCCACCUUAAGUGAUUGUGCGACGAAGUCAAAGACGAUAGGGGCUGUUUAUCCAGUUGUUGCAACCUACGCAACGUGUUAAAACUGAUUGGCUGCUCUACGGUUUUGCGAAUUUGACGCAGAAAGAGAUUUUGUGGAUCAUAUUUGGGCCGGAAAGAUCCUGACCUUUCGGGAGCUGUUUGAUUCCAGUUACUCCUGAUUGCUUCCAGCAGCCCUGAGGCUCGUGGGGGAUCGCGCGGUUCGGAAAGAUGAAGCUUGCUGUGGCAGGAUGCUUGGCCGCGUUUCUGAUUGCCUCUUUCGGUUCCAUUCAGGCGGCCGAAUCGACUGAUUCGGACGAAGCCGUUUGGAGCUACCAGUGCGUCGAUAGUCGAUGCAAAAAGAUAGCCAUAGACCCGUUCGAUAAGGACGCCCGAGCCAAUGCCGUAAGUCUGCAGGUGUGCCGGUUGGUUUGCGAUGGCGCUUUUGGAACCGUUUGGCCUCGUCCAACUGGGGACUUCCGGCUGGGAAACAAUUUAGUUCAUGUGGAUCUCAACGGGAUCGAGUUCCAGUGGGACAAACAGCAUGCGACGCUGCGCAGCCAGUGGGAUGUCUCGGCAGAGCGAUUCCGAGGGCAGCUGAAUCGGAAAGCUGGAGGUGAAGUGUUUAAGGUCGGCGGUCGUCGAAUGACUGUAAAGAUUGCGGUUGAUUCGGAUUCACUCGUUUUGAAUCACAAAACUGACGAGAGCUACCGGCUUGUGAUUAAAACUACCGCUGAUUCAAAUGUUAUGGUUGAAAUUUAUGCCCCAACGUACUUCGGAGCUCGACACGGCGUAGAAACGUUGUCGCAACUGGUAGUUUUUGACGAUAUCCGCAACGAAUUGCAGGUACUGGUUGACGUAGAACUUCAAGAUAAACCGGUGUAUCCACACCGAGGAUUUUCGUUGGACACAUCAAGAAACUACGUAGAGCUUUCGGCAAUCAGAAGAACCAUCGAUGCUUUGGCAAUGGUAAAAAUGAAUGCUUUCCAUUGGCACAUCACGGAUUCUCAAAGCUUCCCACUGGUCAUUGAAUCGCAUCCAACUCUUCACAAGUACGGAGCGUACUCUCGCAGAAACAUUUAUACCGCUCAAGAUGUCCGAGACCUGGUUGAAUACUCCUUGGCUCGUGGUAUUCGUAUUAUUCCCGAACUAGACGCACCGGCCCAUGUAGGUGAAGGCUGGGAAAAGCUGAACGUCACCAGUUGUUUCAACUUCCAGCCGUGGUCCAAGUUCUGCGUCGAACCACCUUGCGGACAGUUGGACCCAACCAAGGACAAGGUGUACGACAUACUCGAUGACAUUUACCGGGAAAUGAACGCAAUGUUCUAUCAUUCGGACGUAUUUCACAUGGGAGGAGAUGAGGUGUCCAUCAGCUGUUGGAAUUCGAGCGUAGAAAUCCAACAAUGGAUGAAGUCUCAAGGCUGGGGCUUGGAAGAAUCCGAUUUCUACAAGCUGUGGAACUAUUUCCAGACCAAUGCCCUGUCGCGAUUGGACAAAUCCCUUAAGGACAACCGACCCAUCCUUCUGUGGACUAGUCACUUGACUGAGGAGCCUUACGUCGACCAAUAUCUGAACAAAGAUCGUUACAUCAUCCAAAUCUGGACGACAGGCGAUGAUCCCAAAAUCACCAAACUACUUCAGAAAGGCUACCAGCUGAUCAUCUCCAACUACGAUGCUCUCUAUCUCGAUUGCGGAUUUGCCGGGUGGGUCAACGGGGGCAACAACUGGUGCUCGCCGUACAUCGGCUGGCAGAAAGUCUACAACAAUGAUCUCAAAUCCAUCGGCGGCAAUCGCGCGUCGCAAAUUCUGGGUGCCGAGGCUGCCCUCUGGUUGGAACAGGCCGACCACCACUCGCUGGACUCUCGCAACUGGCCCCGCAUCAGUGCCCUGGCCGAACGACUCUGGACCGAUCCUAGGGAAAGCUGGGAGGCCGCCGACUCCCGGAUGUUGAUCCACCGGGAACGACUGAUAGAGAAUGGAAUCGCCGCCGAAAGCCUGCAGCCCAUUUGGUGUCUGCAGAACGAAGGCGAGUGUCCGAUACAGAAGGUUUAAGAGGAAGGUUAAGAUAAACCGUUGAAAGAAAUUCCUAGUGAUAGCGAUAGAAUUUUGAGAUUAAGGUAACAUGAACUAGACUCAAUUCGUUAUUGAAAAUAAAACUUUUUUUUAUUAUAUGAA